ACGAUGAUCAGACUCUUUGUCGCUCUUUGUGCUCUUUUUUCUCUCUUCACAGCUGUGAAAACUUCUGACAUCAAGGAGAUUGACGUGAUAACAGUAAAGCGUGGAGAAGAUGUAACUAUGGAGUGUAGCAUUAGCAGUGACACAAAGAAAGAGAAUGUAGUUUGGUACAGACAGAUUUCAGGAAAAUUACCUCAGUUUAUUGCAAAACCAUACAAGUACAUGGACAAAUUGGGCUACAAAUUUAUUGAAGGAUUUAAUGAUGCUCGUUUCAGUAUUAGUGUAAAUGACAAAAAAUUUGAUCUCAGUAUUAAACAAACAAGUGAAGAUGAUAAAGGAGAAUAUUUCUGUGGAGAAAUGGAAGGAACUGUAGUGAAGUUCACAUCUGGAACACGUCUGCAAUUUGAAGAUAAAGACACGACACACAGUAAUACAACUGGAACUACACACAGAGAUUCACACAGCUGCUCAGAAACAAGUGAACAGAAGUGGAUUAAUCCCUUAAUAGCCUCCAAUAUAUUCUCUGUUAUCGUAAUCACACUUCUGCUUGGAGUUUUAUAUAAAAAUCACAGAAAAGAUGCUUCAUCAAGCAACCAUCAAAUUCCCACCAAUCAGACUGCUGAUGAUGAUGAUGAUGUCUUGAACUAUGCAGCUGUGAGUUUUGCUAAAAAACCUUCAUCCUCCAGAACAUCCAGAGCUAAGAGCCAUGAAGACGUUUAUGCUCAAGUUAAAAUAAAAUAGAGAAAUUAUAUUCUUUUACUGAAGCCUUCUUCAGUUUUUCUCAGCAUUUUUUCUUGAAAUAGUUCAGAUGAUUUCUAAAAUGUAAA